AUGGGCUUUGUCAACGAUGUAGGCCAGGUAAGCUUAAAAGGACUGGAGCGCAAGGACAAGAAGAACAAACAGAAAAAAGCCAGUCAGCAGACGGAGGGCAAUAAGAAAGCGGGGCAGGAACAGACCGGUAAAAAGCCGCAGCCAAACAACCCGAAACAAGGGCAGGCCCAGCGCCCGCAACAGGCAGCCGAAGGAAAACCGCAACAAUCUCCGCGCGACCGGCAGCCCAAUAAAGAAAAACAGCCCUCCGCAAAGCCACAGCAACAGCAGCAAGCCAAGGGACAGCAGCAGCCCAAACAAGCCCAGCAGCAACAACCUAAGCCUGCAAAACCAGCCGCCGCUGCCGGUAAUAACCCGGAUAAGCAGCCGCAGCAACCCGUACAGGGACAACGCUCACAAAAGCAGCAGGCAGGCAAGGAGCAACGGCCGCAGCAGGCCGCGGGCGAAGCGAAACCACAACAGCAGCCGAAGGAAAAACAACCGCAACAACAACAGAACCCGGCAGGUCAGGGACAGCGUUCCAAGCGCUUCAAUAAGCCUCAGACCGAUGGAGACAAUAGUAGUGGCGCGGCAUAA